AUGAUGUCCGACUCAGCACUUCCAGAACCGACCGCGUUGCCCACGCUGGGUGAUGCGCCCCCGAGCAGCGCCGGUCGCUCGUCCGGUCACACCCACGAAACGCCCGAACAGCCACCUGCCGUCAUUUCCGACGAGCUUAAGGCACGCCUCGACAAAGUUAUUUAUUCAGAGAUAGGUAUUACUACCCUCCUGGCUCGGUUGAAGCAAAGUGUAGCCUCCGCCAAAGACUUCUCUACCUUUUUGAAGAAGCGUGGCGCAUUGGAGGAUGAACACGCUCAGGGGUUAAGGAAACUGUCCAAGGCCGUGAACGAUGCCGCGCUCCGCAGCGAUAAUCGCCAAGGAACCUACAGCUCCAGCUACAAGGAUAUUCACCGACUGCACGAGCGCAUGGCCGAAUGUGGCUUGCAGUUUUCCGUUUCUCUCCACCAGAUGUCCGAAGAUUUACAAGAGCUAUCCUCCAAUAUCGAACGCGGCCGCAAGCAAUGGAAGCAGACAGGAUUGGCAGCGGAGAAGAAGGUCGCCGAUGCAGAAUCGCAAGCGGAGAAGGCAAAGGCCAAGUACGACUCUUUGGCAGAACAGUACGACCGUGUCCGCACGGGUGACAAACAGGGCGGCAAGUUUGGCUUGAAGGGUCACAAGUCCGCUGCGCAGCAUGAGGAGGAUCUUUUGCGAAAGGUUCAGCAUGCGGAUGCGGAUUAUGCGUCAAAGGUUCAGGCGGCGCAGGCAGCUCGCCAGGAGUUGGUGGCCACCCACCGGCCUCAGGCCGUGCAUAAUCUCCAGCAGCUGAUUGCGGAGUGCGACUCGGGGUUGACUCUACAGCAGCAGAAGUUUGCUACUUUCAACGAGAAGCUCCUGCUGGGCCAGGGUCUUUGCGUGAGCCCUAUCAAGACAGAAAUGAACGGGUCAAUUGCACCUAAAAGCCUUGCCGAAGUCAUUCGCGAGGUUGACAAUCAGAAAGACUUGCAUGACUUUAUCUUGAGCCACGAAGGAAACCCCGGUGCCGUUGCUGGUCCAGAGGUUCAAUAUCAACGCCACCCUACUCUUGGUGGCGGACCAGCUGCAGCCUCGCAACAGAGUCUUCAAGCCAAGCGCCAAUCCUCUAUUCCUACGGCAUUCAUCCAGCCAAACGUCUCUCCGAGCCCUCAGUUGGGGAGUACCGAUCGAUUCCAACAGUCACCCUACCCAACACAAGUGGAAUCUCCUGCGCCUCCGCCAGCUCAGCCAGCUCAGCCAGCUCAGCCUCCUUACCCCUCCGGGCCACCAUCUCAUGAACCUCUUCCAAUGGGUGCUGCGCCAAUGAUGCACCCACCGCAAAUGGAUAAGACCAGCUUGCCUCCUCUGAAGCCCGUAUUUGGGUUGUCAUUGGAUGAUUUGUAUGCCCGGGAUGGAACUGCAGUGCCGUUCAUUGUGUAUCAAUGUUUCCAGGCUAUUGAGCUUUUCGGUCUCGAUCUGGAGGGUAUCUAUCGACUAUCUGGCAGUGCCAAUCAUAUUAAUCACAUGAAGGCGCUAUUCGAUAACGACUCGUCGCAGAUCGACCUUACAAAUCCGGAAAACUUCUAUCAUGAUGUUAAUAGUGUCGCUGGGCUUGUGAAGCAAUUCUUCCGGGAUCUUCCUGAUCCUCUGUUCACAUCUGAAUACUACACCCAGUUCGUCGAGGCUGCCCGCGUCGAUGAUGAUACCCAACGCCGAGAUAAAUUGCAUGCCCUUAUCAACAACUUGCCUGAUGCUCAUUAUGCCACUCUGCGUGCUAUCAUCUUGCACCUCAACAAGGUUCAAGAACACUCUUCACAGAACCGCAUGAACGCUGGCAACAUUGCUAUCUGCUUUGGACCAACCUUGAUGGGUGCUAACUCCGGUGGCAACAUUGCCGAUGCUGGCUGGCAAGUCCGCGUCAUUGAGACAAUUCUCAACAACACUUUCCAGAUCUUCGACGAUGACUAG